UUGAGGUUCCAGGUCAGGUGGGAUCAGCUCCCCCAUCUAUCCACCAUGGUGGUGGCACACCCCACCGCCACCACCACGCCUACUACCACUGUCACAACCACCAUCAUGAUGACUACAGCCAGCAUGGACCUGCGAGACUGGCUGUUCCUUUGCUACGGGCUCAUCGCCUUCCUGACAGAGGUCAUCGACAGCACGACCUGCCCCUCUGUGUGCCGCUGUGACAACGGCUUCAUCUACUGCAAUGACCGGGGGCUCACCUCCAUCCCCGCCGACAUCCCUGAUGAUGCCACCACGCUCUACCUGCAGAACAACCAGAUCAACAAUGCUGGCAUCCCCCAGGACCUCAAGACCAAGGUUAAUGUGCAGGUCAUCUACCUGUAUGAGAACGACCUGGACGAAUUCCCCAUCAACCUGCCCCGUUCCCUGCGGGAGCUGCACCUGCAGGACAACAACGUGCGCACCAUCGCUAGGGACUCGCUGGCCCGCAUCCCACUGCUGGAGAAGCUGCACCUGGAUGACAACUCUGUGUCCACCGUCAGCAUCGAGGAGGACGCCUUCGCUGACAGCAAGCAGCUCAAGCUGCUCUUCCUGAGCCGGAACCACCUGAGCAGCAUCCCCUCAGGGCUGCCCCACACGCUGGAGGAGCUGCGGCUGGACGACAACCGUAUCUCCACCAUCCCGCUUCACGCCUUCAAGGGCCUCAAUAGCCUGCGGCGCCUGGUGCUGGACGGCAACCUGCUGGCCAACCAGCGCAUCGCGGAUGACACCUUCAGCCGCCUGCAGAACCUCACAGAGCUCUCCUUGGUGCGCAACUCGCUGGCCGCCCCACCCCUCAACCUGCCCAGUGCCCACCUGCAGAAGCUCUACCUGCAGGACAAUGCCAUUAGCCACAUCCCCUAUAACACUCUGGCCAAGAUGCGUGAGCUGGAGCGGCUGGACCUGUCCAACAACAACCUGACCACUUUGCCCCGCGGUCUGUUUGAUGACCUGGGGAACCUGGCCCAGCUGCUACUCAGAAAUAACCCCUGGUUCUGCGGCUGUAACCUCAUGUGGCUGCGGGACUGGGUGAAAGCAAGGGCAGCUGUGGUCAAUGUGCGUGGCCUCAUGUGCCAGGGUCCUGAAAAGGUCCGGGGCAUGGCCAUCAAGGACAUCACCAGCGAGAUGGAUGAAUGCUUUGAGACUGGGUCGCAGGGUGGUGCGGCCAACGCAGCCGCCAAGACCACAGCCAGCAACCAUGCCUCUGCCACCACACCCCAGGGCUCGCUGUUCACCCUCAAAGCCAAGAGGCCAGGGCUGCGCCUCCCCGACUCCAACAUUGACUACCCCAUGGCCACAGGUGACAGCGCCAAGACCCUGGUCAUCCACGUGAAACCCCUGACAGCAGACUCCAUCCGCAUCACGUGGAAGGCCUCACUCCCUGCUUCCUCCUUCCGCCUCAGCUGGCUGCGCCUGGGCCACAGCCCAGCUGUGGGCUCCAUCACAGAGACCCUGGUGCAGGGGGAUAAGACAGAGUACCUGCUGACAGCUCUGGAGCCCAAGUCCACCUAUGUCAUCUGCAUGGUCACCAUGGAGACUGGCAACACCUAUGUGGCGGAUGAGACACCUGUGUGCGCCAAGGCAGAGACGGCUGACAGCUAUGGCCCCACCACCACACUCAACCAGGAGCAGAAUGCCAGCCCCAUGGUGGGCCUGCCCCUGGCGGGCAUCAUUGGUGGCGCCGUGGCUCUCGUCUUCCUCUUCCUGGUCCUGGGGGCCAUCUGCUGGUACGUGCACCAGGCCGGCGAGCUGCUGACCCAGGAGAGGGCCUACCACCGGGGCAGCAGGAAAAAGGAUGACUAUAUGGAAUCGGGGACCAAGAAGGAUAACUCCAUCCUGGAAAUCCGUGGCCCUGGGCUGCAGAUGCUGCCCAUCAACCCGUACCGCGCCAAAGAGGAGUACGUAGUCCACACCAUCUUCCCCUCCAACGGCAGCAGCCUCUGCAAGGGCACGCACACCAUCGGCUAUGGCACCACGCGGGGCUAUCGGGACGCCGGCAUUCCUGACAUAGACUACUCCUACACGUGAUGCCGCUGGGCCCACCCCAGCCCCCGCCUCAGUCCCCGGCUGUGCUAGUGCAGCCACGUGGCUUUGCCCAGCCUGCUGCAACCCCAGAGAGCAAGGAAAAGAAAUUCUACCAAUGACCUUCCCAGCAGAAAGCAAAAUUUGGGGAGGGCUGACAAUUUUAUAGAACACGACGGUAAAAAU